AGCAUCGCAGCAACUCACCAAUAUCCUUUUUGAGAAUAUACAAACAACCAACAAUGGCUGGUACCGCCGUCCAGCAGGGGCCUUGGGGAGGAGCUAAUGGGGCAGUUUUCGACAUGCAUCCUCAGCCAAUCAUUCUAGGCUUCACAGUCUGGGCUGAUAGUCAAUACAUUAACGGAAUUCAGUUUCAGUACGGGCAAGGUUCCUCGACUUCCGUGUACGGUACUCGGAGGGGAACUCCCACCACGGUUACGUUUCAACCCGGCGAGUUCCUUAAUGGCAUAGAAGGCUCAAUUGAUAAAAUAGUAGGAGCUUAUGUUGUUUGUUCGCUUACUUUCAACACCAACACUUCUAAUACGUAUGGACCGUACGGUAGUGUGCAAGGAAGCACUUUCGCUUUCAAAUCAACGGCUGCAAUUGUUGGCUUCUUUGGGCGUUCAGCGCAGCAACUUAAUGCAAUUGGGAUCUACAUAGAUUAAUGAUGGUCCCGUUCUCCUACGUACGUAUGCGCUUCUACGUAAAUGAAUAAGGAUACCAUCAGUGUGCAGGGUAUCGACCGUGUCUUUAUGUUCGUCUAUGUUUUUUAGUGUGCUACCCGUGUCUGUCAACUUUGUUUAUGAAAUAAAGAAUAGCAGAUAUAUAUAUAUAUAUAUAUAUAUAUAUGGUAUUCAAUUGUUGUAGGGUGGUGUGACUCUUCUAUUAUAAACAAUAGUAAUAAUAAUAUUGUGUGUCGUACGUACUA